UCACCGGCGUCACGUUGGCAACGCUCUGACAUACGUGUUCAUUUUGAAGUAUGCUAAGUGUACAGAUCAUUUAUUUUGAACCGUUUUAACCACUCGGCAAAAUGUUGGCGCUUUUGGCAUGUUUUAGUAGCGUUUUUCUAAUUUCGGUCCACGCACAACGGGCGCCGCCGGGGGUUCCGCCCCAGCACUACCAAGGGGUUCCGCCGCAGCAGCAGUACCAGCACGUUCCCGUGCAACAGCAAGUGCCCGUGCAGCACCAGCAGGUUCCCGUGCAGCACCAGCAAGUGCCCAUGCAGCAUGUGCCGAUGCAGCAGCAGGUGCCCAUGCAACAGGUCCCCCUGCAGCAGCAAGCCCCGCAGCACCACCACGGCCAGCCGCAGCAAAUCCUGAAUGCUGCCAACAUCGCCCACGAGAAAGAGCACAUAGCCGAACAUAUGGAAGUGCCUAUUGACACCAGUAAAAUGUCCGAGCAAGAGCUGCAGUUCCACUAUUUUAAAAUGCACGAUGCUGACAAUAACAAUAAGCUGGAUGGCUGUGAAUUAAUUAAGUCGUUGAUCCACUGGCAUGAGCAAGGGAGCAAGGAGAAGGCCGGGCAAAUAGAGGACAAGAUCUUCAAAGAUGAAGAGUUGGUUACUCUAAUUGACCCCAUCCUGAACGUUGAUGACAGUAACCGGGACGGUUACAUUGAUUAUCCGGAGUUUGUUAGGGCCCAGCAAAAGGCCGCCGGUCAGGGCAAGCCUACUUCAUAGUAGCUUAGCUUUUGUUUGUCUGCUAAUUACUGUCAGUUUUUUACAUAAAACUCUCUCCAUAGGUAAACGUGAUAUAGUGUCAGCGCCCUUGUUUGAUGAUGACACUAUAACACAACUUGUGGACCAGAUUUUGCAAUUAAUGGAUAGGAACAUUGAUGGUUUUGUUGAUUACGGUGAAUAUAGACUGUUUUCAGGUAACAAUAAGUAACUUAAGCUGUUUGAGACUGUCCGUUUCGUUUUUUAAUGUGGGUUGUGUAUAUUUCAUUUGUAUGUAUAUAACGAAAGAUUUGUACAAAUAAAUUCCAUUUUUAUAAAUUUGUCUACUCUCUCCUACUAGUUCUUAAUUUUUGUUAAUACAUAUUUAGUUUAGUAGCUGAAGCGUCCAUCCAUUAGUUAAGAAAUAUUUAUUUUAAUAGCGUAAUAAAUUAUUGUUUGAUUUUUAUUUAUGAAAAAGUGGACCAACUCAAUGGCACUGUCACUCUUGUGUUGAAACAACUAAGGAAUAAAUGAAUUCGAUGAC